AUGGAAUCAAGGAAUAAUGUGACUUACUUUGUGCUCUUGGGCCUUACACAGAAUGUAGAGAAACAGAAAAUACUUUUUGUUUUGUUCUUGAUCGUCUACAUUCUGACUGUGGUGGGGAACUUGCUCAUUGUCGUGACUGUCUCUGUCAGUAAGACCCUGGGCUCACCAAUGUACUUCUUUCUUGCCUGUUUUUCCUUUAUGGAUGUCUUUUACUCCUCAGCCAUUACUCCUAAAUUGAUUUCAGACUUGUUCUUUGGGAAACACACCAUAAGCUUCCAAUGUUGUAUGAUCCAGCUCUUUAUGGAGCACUUUAUGAGUGGAUCAGGGGUCUUUAUUCUGUUGGCGAUGGCCUAUGACCGCUAUGUGGCCAUCUGUAAGCCCUUGCACUAUUUGGUUAUCAUGAGGCAAUGGGUGUGUGUUGUGCUGCUAGUAGUGUCCUGGGUUGGAGGGUUUCUGCAUUCAGUCAUUCAACUCAGCACUAUUUAUGGGCUCCCAUUCUGUGGUCCCAACAUCAUUGAUCAUUACAUGUGUGACAUGUACCCCUUAUUGAAACUUGUCUGUACUGACACCUAUGUCACUGGUCUCUUAGUGGCAGCCAAUGGAGGCGUGAUCUGUGCUGUUGUGUUCCUGCUCUUACUCAUCUCUUACGGUGUCAUCUGGAACUCUUUAAAGAACCAUAGUCAGGAAGGGAGACGGAAAGCUCUCCAGACCUGUGGUUCUCACAUCACUGUGGUUGUUUUCUUCUUUGUUCCCUGCGUUUUUAUUUAUGCAAGACCUGCAAAGACCCUUCCCAUUGACAAAUCAGUGAGUGUGUUUUAUACAGUCAUAACCCCCAUGCUGAACCCCAUAAUCUAUACUCUGAGAAACACAGAAAUGAUAAAUGCCAUUAAGAAGCUCUGGAAACGUCAUAAAAUGUAGUAAUGAUAAAAUCACUUGAUUUUAGACUCUGUCUCUUUGGGAAUUGGAGAUUUUCUUAAUUCUAAUGCAAUUUAUCUUUUGGCACAGUAUUAGCUUUUAUGACAAUUAUUAUUAAAUAA